AUGAAAAUGCGAGACGAUCGUCCAGAGGAGUGGCCUCCACUCUUAGAUAAACGCCAAAUCCAGGAUAUGGUUCAUGGCCCAAUCUGUUUAUUUCAUCCAUUGGAUCGGAUAGUGGAUACGAGAGAAUUUCAACGUCUCCGAGAUUUGAAACAACUAGGAGUCACCUACUUGGUGUAUCCUUGUAGCACUCAUAGCAGAUUUGUACAUAGUUUAGGGACCUAUUGGUUGGCUUUCAAAUUCGUUGAGAUUCUCAAACGGGAUCCUUCAUUGAACAUUACUGGGCAGGAUCAUCUCUGUGUGUCCUUAGCGGCACUAUGUCACGAUCUUGGUCAUGGCCCAUUCUCACAUUUAUUUGAUGGAGCUUUUCGGGAGGCCUCCAGAGCAGCUAAAUAUACGCAUGAAUCUUUAUCGAUUCGUUUACUUCGACGUAUCGUCAACGUGAAGGAAAUUCGCGAAAGUCUGGAAGAAUACCUUGGAAAAGGUGACGAAUUCGAACAGAACAUAACCUUCACUGAAGAGCUUAUAUCGUCGAAGAAAUUUUGGAGAAGUCAUUUUUCUUUUGAUAUCGUUGCCAACGACAACGAUUCCUGUGAUGUGGAUAAGUUUGACUAUCUCGUCAGAGAUUCACUCAGCGCCGGUAUCCCGAUCCCUCUGAACAUGCACAGCCUUGAAAGAUUAAUGGAAAAUGCUAAAGUACUGCCGGAUCCCCACCGUGGAUAUCACCGGAUAUGCUACGCUAAAAAGGUCGCGGAUAUCGCUCUAUCAGUGGGUGACUCACGUCAAAUGCUACACAACCUCCUCUACCAGCAUCGGGUUGUCAGUGCAAUAGAGGCGAUGGUUGUAAGAGCAUGGUGUUGCGACAAACAUUUGAGUUACAUGGGCGAUGACGGUCUUUCCUAUUCCCUAUCACAAGUCACUCAGAACCUUGGAGCGUAUCUGAGAACAAGCGAUGGCAUCCUGAGAGAUAUAGCGAACUCUGAUCUACCGGAAAUGGCAGAGGCUCAAAGUAUCUUGAGGGAUAUUGAGACAAGAAAUAUACCGGUAAAGCUCGAAGAAGUGGAAUGCGGUCCGUCGUGCGCUGAU